AUGCUUGAGUACAUUAUUUCUGAAAAGGACAUCAAGAUGCUGAAAAGGAUGAGCAUUCGACAGAAGCUUAUCCAGUUUGUGAAUGCAGCAUACUCUGUGAUGGGGACAUAUAUGAUAUGGAAGAUGUUUUCGAUUCUCCUGAACAACGACAGCCCUAUUGUUGUUGUGCUGAGCGAAAGUAUGUCGCCGGGGUUUGAGAGAGGAGAUAUACUGUGGCUUGCAAAUAAGGAUUUUAGUGUUGGAAACAUGACUGUUUUCAAGUUUGGGAAGGAGAUUCCGUGUGUACACAGAUGCAUCAAGCAGUUUGGGGGAAGAUAUCUCACGAAGGGGGACAACAACCUUGAUGACGAUGUUUCCCUCUAUCCAAAGGGACGGAACUACUUGACCAGGAGUGAGAUCAAGUCUAUUGUUGUUGGGUACAUCCCCUAUUUCGGACACAUAAACCUUUGGAUCAACACUGUUCCCGGAGUGAAGUUUGCAAUACUGGCUGCAGUGGGUCUAUCUGUUUUGUUUACCCGAGAAGAGUGA